AUGGGUGGCGGACAAACACCAAUCAGAAAUCAGAAAUUUAACACUAAAGAUGCAACUUACUCAAGUCACAACAGCAACAACAUUAAUACGGAGUCAUUGGAAUCGCCCACAAUCCAGAAUCAAAGUAAGAUAUCAAAUAACAAAGACGAAAGCAAUAUCAAUAAACAGGAAAUUUCUUAUUUUGACGACAAAAAUAGUAUUGAAGAUGAUGAGUCUACGCGUCAUCAGCCAUUAAAUCUAUUACCCUUUUUACAAUCCCAGCAAGUUAGCCGAAGCAGUAGUGGAAGCAGUACCAAACACCUUCAAUCGCCUGUUGAAAGUCGGAAUUCAAAGCCUCUUCUUUCAAAAUCUAUUAAUAAUGCAGAUAAAGAUAAAAAUAUACUAAAAAUUAAAAAAGAGGUAUCACAUGGCUCUGAAGAAGCUUUUCACAUCCAAAAAUCUAUCGAGGCUAAGGAUUCAAGACUGCCGCAAGGUGAGCCAUAUCCAUUUACGUCGGAAGAGCUACAGAAACCAAAUAAUGAUCACCAAAACCAAAAUAUAGUUUCUCCAACCUCUUCAAAUUCCUCUUCUUUUUUUUUUUCUUCUUCAGCUUCUAGCCAACAGUCAGAACUAGAAAGGGUAGUCCCUCGGCUUUUUGGAAGUCAUAUUAAUGUACAUCAGACAACAGCUAAUAGCGGCAAUAUUUCAAAUGGCCCACUUGCUCAAAAUAGUCAAGAAAAUAAACGUAUUUCAUCUGGAAUAACAUCAAGAGAAAAAAGAAGCACAUUAGAUAGUAUUACAGUUUCAGUAUCUGAUAAAGACUUAGAAAAGCAAAUGGAGUCAAAUGCAACAAUACGGUCUGCAUCAGAAAUAUGUUCUCCGCAACAAGAAAAUACUUAUCAAAACGAAAUUUAUAGCCCAAGUCCAAAGAUGAAUGAGAAAACUCACGAAAAAAUUAAUGAUGGUGAAGGUCGUGGAGAAAGCAACAGUAGUGGCGGGAUUAAUACAACUACGAUGGCUAUAGGUGGUCAAGGUUCUCUUUCUAGCGGAGAUAGCCAUGAAAACAGGAGCACACGCUGGUCUAAUAAAGAUCUUUUACCUGUUCCCAGCGACAAACGCACUUAUACCGCCGUUUCAUACAUUUGGUUUUGGAUGGUUGCUGGCUCUUCAGUCACCACAUGGAGUAUUGGCGGGUCUCUUUUGGACAGUGGUCUUUCUGCCAAACUUGCCAUCACUUGUAUUGUUGUUGGCUCUAUAAUAAUUGGGUGUUUGUCAUUUUUAUGUGGGUGGAUUGGGCGCCAGUAUCAUAUUGGCUACACAGUCACUGCCCGGUCAGAAUAUGGUAUCUAUGGAUCUUUUGUUUUGAUAGUCAUUCGGCUCUUUGUUUUAAUUAUGUGGUUUUCCAUUCAAGCGUAUUGGGGUGGUCAGGCAAUGAGAGUUUUGAUUGGAGCCAUUAUUCCUGGAUUUGUUAACGGCUCUCUUUCAGGGUUGAUUUCAGAAUCGUCUCAUUUACAAAAGAAUGAUCUUAUAAGCAUUUUUAUUUUUCUUUUAUUCUAUGUUUCUCUAGUUGUGUUUGUUCCGCCUGAACGAAUGCAAUUUCCUUUUGCAUUAACCUUUUUGGCCUUUUUGGGAACCAUGAUUGGGUUGCUGAGUUGGGCUAUGGCUGAGACUCAUGGUAAAAUUGGACCUUUAUUUUACAGUACGCGCAACAAUUCAAACCUAAGCACUGGAUGGAUAGUUAUGCAAGGGAUUACAAGUGUUGUUGGUACUUGGAGUGGUGGUUCACUAAGUCAUUCGGACUGGACGCGGUUUGCCAAAAAUUCAUACUCACCUAUUCUCAGUCAGUUUGUUUUUGCACCAAUUGUUAUUGUCGUUACUUCUUUUAUUGGAAUUGUAGUGACAAGUGCAUCAGGCCUAAUUUUCGGCAUUUCUCCACAAGCUGCUCAUCCAUGGAAUCCAAUAAAUCUUUUAGCCCAACUGCAAACAUUUUACCAUGAUAGUAGUCGUGCUCGUGCUGGAGUUUUUUUUGCAUCCUUGGGACUUGUUUCUUCUCAGAUUUUCAUUGCAACGGUUCUCAAUAGCAUUUCAGCAUCCUUAGACAUGAGCGCCCUAUUACCCAGACAUUUGAAUAUUAAACGUGGGGCGCUUUUAAUGGCACCAAUAGCUGUGCUUGUACAGCCGUGGCAACUGAGUAACAAUUCAGGAAUUUUUCUUGUGGUGCUAGGAGGGUUUGGUAUCUUUAUGGUGAGUGGGAUUGGUGUUUCUAUUGGCAGUUUUUUUUUCAAACUACGUCGGAAUGUUUCUCUUCAAGAUCUAUUUUGCGGUAAUCGUUCAAGCAUCUACUGGAAUACCGGAGGGUUUUCUAUUGUAGGGUUGUCAUCUUUUACUUUGGGAUUUGUGUUUUUAAUUCCUGGAUGGGCUUACACCAUAAAAAAUGCACAGCGCGCACGUUAUAUUGCAGACGGUAAAACCACGGAGCAAGAUGCAGGGCCUGCUUAUAACAAUGGGUGGAUGCGUGUAUACAGUCUCUCUUCGCUUUUGGGGGUAGUAUUUGCUUGUGUCAGUAUUGUUGUUUUGUCGUUGAUAAAAAACUACUUCUUUAUGAAUGGCGUCGGAGGCUUAAAAAGGCUUGGCAAAGAAAGAGACGACUCCAAAAAAAGUGGCAUUAAUAAAAUGACAAUUUCCAAAAAGAUUGGUUUUAUUUUAAAUUGUAAAUAA